GGGCACAGCGUUGCUAGGGGGAUUCUGAUAGGUUGCGCGGAGGGUUGUCCUUGUGAGGCCCCGCCCCACUGGAACGCUGCAGGCUUCUCAGGUUAGGGGAUUGGAGACAGUAGCGACCGCGGGACUGAGCACUUCUGAAGGCUUCCAGAACCCAACACAUACAACUGAUCCUCGCAGAGCAGACCUGAUCAGGUCCUCGGAAGCUGCGUCCAGAGCAAUGCUGCUGAAGACAGUGCUCUUGCUGGGGCAUGUGGCCCAGGUGCUGAUGCUGGACAAUGGGCUCCUGCGGACGCCACCCAUGGGCUGGCUGGCCUGGGAACGCUUCCGCUGCAACACUAACUGUGAUGAGGACCCAAAGAACUGCAUCAGUGAGCAGCUUUUCAUGGAGAUGGCUGACCGGAUGGCACAGGAUGGAUGGCGGGACAUGGGCUACACAUACGUCAACAUCGAUGACUGCUGGAUUGGUGGGCGCGAUGCCAGCGGCCGCCUGAUGCCAGAUCCCAAGCGUUUCCCUCAUGGCAUUCCCUUCCUGGCUGACUACGUUCACUCCCUGGGCCUGAAGCUGGGCAUCUAUGCAGACAUGGGCAAAUUUACCUGCAUGCAUUACCCAGGCACCACACUGGACAAGGUGGUCCAGGAUGCUCAGACCUUUUCGGAGUGGAAGGUGGACAUGCUUAAGCUGGAUGGCUGCUUUUCCACAGACAAGGAACGGGCCCUGGGGUACCCCAAGAUGGCUGCUGCCCUGAAUGCCACAGGCCGCCCGAUUGCCUUCUCCUGCAGCUGGCCAGCCUAUGAAGGUGGCCUCCCCCCCAGGGUGAAUUACAGUCUGCUGGUGGACAUCUGCAACCUCUGGCGCAACUAUGAUGACAUACAGGACUCCUGGCGGAGCGUGCUCUCCAUCCUGAACUGGUUUGUGCAGCACCAGGACAUACUGCAGCCGGUGGCCGGCCCUGGGCACUGGAAUGACCCUGACAUGCUGCUCAUUGGGAACUUUGGUCUCAGCUUAGAGCAAUCUCGGGCCCAGAUGGCCCUGUGGACAGUGCUGGCAGCCCCCCUCUUCAUGUCCACAGACCUGCGUACCAUCUCCGCCCAGAAUAUGGACAUACUGCAGAAUCCACUCAUGAUCAAAAUCAACCAGGAUCCCUUAGGCAUCCAGGGACGCAGGAUUCACAAGGAAAAAUCUCUUAUCGAAGUGUACAUGCGGCCCCUGUCCAACAAGGCAAGCGCCUUAGUCUUCUUCAGCCGCAGGACCGAUAUGCCUUAUCACUACCACUCCUCCCUUGGCCAGCUGAACUUCAGUGGGUCCAUGAUGUAUGAGGCCCAGGAUGUCUACACAGGUGAUAUCAUCAGUGGCCUCCAAGCUGAAACCAACUUCACAGUGAUCAUCAACCCUUCGGGGGUAGUGAUGUGGUACCUGUAUCCCAUCAAGAAUCUGGAGAUGUCCCAGCAGUGAGGAGCUGGAACAUGUGACAGGCUGUGGUGGCACCACUGAGCCUAGACCAUGAACUUUGGCAUGCCCAGGGCACAUGGGCAGGUUCUUUGCCCCCCCCCCAGGCCCUGCUUGGUGACUGACCCCAUCGUACCCGAAGUGCAAUCUCAGGGCCAGGUUCUAUGCCCUGCCCUCUUGGAAACUUCUCUUGGGGCAAUUUUCCUGUGGCCUUCCUGGCCUCUACUUUGUCUGUGGAGCCCCUCAGAUGUUGCUGAGCAACUCGCCAGCCUCCUGAGCCCCAUGCCCAUCAGAACUCUAGCCUCUGACCUUGUUGUUGACUCUGAAACUAGGAUUUGGAAUUUUUCAAAUUAGUAGAGAGAUCUGACCUCUUGCCAGGAACGCCCAUGAAUUGUGUGAUCGGCUUUUUUACCCAUAGAAGGCCUUGCAGGCUGAUACCACCUGGGAGUGAGGAUCAAAAAGGAGACCUUGGCUCCCUCAGGUCACCAAUAAACCUGUGAAAGUUGCUGUAAUCAAGUAGUUGUAAUAUGGACCUGGGGCACUUUUAGUUAGGGACUUUGGAGGCACUCAAAUCUCACCUCUAUGGAAGAUGUAUGGCAUCUUCUGGCCCCUCUUUUUCCAAAGUGACCUGAAGAUUAUACUUCCUAGAGAUGCCAGAUUUGCCGCCACUAAGGAGCUGCCCAUGCUGUGCCUAGCAUGGUGGCAACACAGUGAGGCCAAGUAGCAAUGCUCCCAGGCCCUGUAGCUUGUGCUUUGCCCAGGAGUGCCCCUAGCCCAGCAUCUCAGCCUGCUUUUCUCUCUGGUGGCUCCACUCCCACCCCUACUUCUCUCUCUUCAUUAUUUCUCUCCCAACCUGACUACAGAGGUUUAUAUUCCCCAGAUGUGUCUAUAAACCUGUCCAAGAGUUGUGGUUUAAAAACUGCUUUCCUGUUCCUCUUCCUAAGGAUAGGGGUAACAGUAAUUUUUUUUUUUUUGAGACAGAGUUUUGCUCUUGUUACCCAGGCUGGAGUGCAAUGGCGCAGUCUUGGCUCACCGCAACCUCCGCCUUCUGGGUUCAAGCAAUUCUUCUGCCUCAGCCUCCCGAGUAGCUGGGACUACAGGCGCGCACCACCAUGCCCAGCUAAUUUUUGUAUUUUUAGUAGAGACGGGGGUUUCACCUCGUUGACCAGGAUGGUCUCAAUCUCUUGACCUCGUGAUCCACCCGCCUCGGCCUCCCAAAGUGCUGGGAUUAUAGGCGUGAGCCACUGUGCCCGGCCAUUUUUUUUUUUUUUUUUUUUUUUUGGGAGGAAGGGAGGAAGGCAGGAAGGGAGGGAAGGAGGAAGGGAGGGAGGAAGGAAGGAAUGAAGGAAGGGAGGAAGGGGGGAGGGAAAGAGGGAGGGAAGGGAAGGAAGGAAAUCAAGCAUGAGAGAGACAUUGCCAACCUGGAUCUAGAGGUUUACAAGUUGAUUUUUUUUUUUUUUGAGAGAAGGAAUGAAAAAAAAAUGAGUAAAGGAGAGGAAGAGAAAGAGGGAGGGUGAACGGAAAUAUUGCUUUAUUCUGAAAAAAAAAAUGGGUAUUAAUAAUGGCCAAUCAAUGUUUCAUUUAAACCUAUGAGUAGGUGUGAUGUGGUAUUGAUAAGAAUGUAUAUUUUGUGUAUUUGAAGUGGAGAGCUCUAUAAAUAUUAAGUUUACUUGUUCCA